CUGUGUGAGGCAGCGGCAUCAUGGCGGCGUCCACUCGCAGCGUGCAGUGCGCCUUGCGGGGAGCAAUGGCCCCGUCUCUGGUGGUGAUUCUGGGAGCUACCGGCACCGGCAAGUCCAAACUGGCGAUGGAGAUCGGAAAGCGGCUCCAGGGGGAAAUAAUCAGCGCCGACUCCAUGCAGGUGUACCAGGGCCUCAACAUCAUCACCAAUAAGGUGACGGCUGAGGAGCUCACCCAGUGCAGACACCACAUGAUCAGCUUUGUGGACCCGCUAGUGAGCAGCUACACGGUGGUGGACUUCAGGAACAAAGCCCUGGACCUGAUAGAUGACAUGCACAGCAGAAACAAACUGCCCGUCAUCGUUGGAGGAACAAAUUAUUACAUUGAGUCUCUGCUGUGGAAGGUCCUGGUGGAUACAGGGGAGAACGAAGAGUCAGGAGAUGGAGGAGAUGGGGCUCCAAGCAGGAAGUUGGAGCUUGAAAAACUGGGAGGGUCUGAGUUACACAAACGUCUGGCGGAGGUGGACCCCAAAAUGGCCGCCAUGUUGCACCCCAACGACAAACGCAAGCUAGCCAGAAGCCUUCAAAUCCACCAGGAGACGGGCAUCCCACAUAGCCACUGGUUGGAGGAGCAGAAAGGGCAGGAGGGAGGCACUGGGCUGGGGGGCCCACUGAGGUACCCAGACCCGUGCAUUUUCUGGCUGCAUGCUGACAUGGAGGCUCUGGACAAGCGGCUGGACGCUCGUGUCGAUGAUAUGUUGUCCGCAGGUCUGAUAGAGGAGCUCAGAGACUUCCAUGUCCGCUACAAUCAGCAGAAAGUCCAGGAUGACAGCCAGAGCUAUCAACAUGGAAUUUUCCAGUCCAUUGGUUUUAAGGAGUUUCAUGACUACCUGACCGCCCCUGAAAGCAGCACCCAGCAAGAGAAAGACACACUGCGAGUCAAAGGUAUCGAAGCUGUGAAGAUUGCUACAAAGCGCUACGCCCGAAAACAGAAUAAGUGGGUCCGUAACCGCUUCCUUAAACGGCCUGGAGACGACGUGCCACCAGUGUAUGGCCUGGAUGUGACGGACGUGUCGGGGUGGGAGGAGACGAUGCUAAACCCUGCACUGCAGAUCCUGGACAGUCUCCGUAAGGGAGAGGAGCCAGCGGUUCCACCAGUCAGAGUUGAGGAGGCGGGGCAGAAAAACAAACGGGUCCUCCGCACGUGCGAUCUGUGCGACAAAGUCAUAAUCGGUGACCUGGAGUGGACGGCUCACCUGAAGUCCAAGAAGCAUCACUACCACGUGAGGAAGAAGAGGAGGACGGAUCCGGCUUGUGACCCGUCCCAGUAUCCCGCUGCAGGAGAGGCUCGCUCAGAAGACACUGCUGCUCCGGGUGGCACUGACACCUGUCAGGAGACUUCCCAAGACACCGGGACAACACACAAGGAAGUACCGGUGACACUUUAGCUGCUGAGCUGACUCUGGACUACACUCACGUCUAUUCAGGGCUUCCACCGAUGUUCUGCCCUAAUGUCUCCCUAUAGUCUUUAUACAAUCACAUUUAUUCAUAUGUUUUGACUUGAAAGGCCCUUCUGGGAUGGACGGUCUGCACUCGGGAUACUGUCUCGCUUCCCACUGAGUUCCAUUAAUUCCCUCCAAAUCCUAAUUUGUUAAAGCACUUACAUUUCAUAAGGAUGAAAGUUCCUCCAGCCCUGGAAAUUCACAACUCUUAUCCUCACCGACUGUGGCUAAGAGGAGAAUAUUUUUUCCCCCACAUAUGUACUUGUUCAUGGUUUAGGAGUAUGGAUCCUUAAAGCUUUUGAUGGUCAGGACAAUUCAACAUGUUGGAUAAGUUGGACCUUAAAGGGGCAGUAAGCGAUUCUAAAGCAAUACACGUUUUGUAAAAAUCAGGGAAUAUUUCCUCACCGUCCGUUAGCGGUCGCUUUUGUGUGUGCGGCGGAAAAAAAUCUGGGUAUUCGGCCCGGAUGUCCGUAAAUCGAAUACAAAAAUAUGGUGCGGACCGCACCACACAACACUGCGAGGGCAGUUUGUUAACAUUGUUGACGCGUUAAGACACGCUAGCGGGUUAUGUUUGUAACUCCGCGGUUUUGGGCUAGUGGUUAGUGCAUCGGACUCUCUUGCCGAAGGUUACGGGUUCGCAGCCCAGCCAGAGCAGUAAGAUCAAAACAACAACGAAGACAGAAACAAGUUUGCUCUAAUUUCUCUUACUGCCCCUUUAAUUGCACGCACAGCCAAAGUAGACUUUACCUGGAAACCUUUGCUUAUUAAAUGUUAGGAGAAAGUUAAUUUUUUUUAUUUUUGCUGAACGUGCCUUAAAAUGAAAGGGUGACUUUUCACACAGUUGGUUGUGAAUGAACCUCCUUGUUUCUUUGCCUCAUGGAUUAUUUGUGUGUGUGUGUGGGGGGGGGGGGGGGGGGGGGGGGGGGGGGUGACAAAUUGGAUGUGAGAAUUUUUUCACAUGACAUAAGCUCUCGUUUUAUCUCUUUAAUCUUAUUGGCAUGUCUACACAGCACAAGCAUUGUGCCCGGUUUGCCUGCAGCAUACUUGUUUUACUGUUAUUAAACACGUUUUCCUACA